GGGGGAUAUUGGGGAGGGGGCUCAGCACUGACACACUAUCUGAUUUGGGAGCUGAGACCCAUUUCCAUUGGUGGAAAAUCCUCAUUGCAAUGAGUGAGCUGAGCUAUAGGAAGGCAUUCUCAUUUCAGCACCAAGGGCAGCAGCAACUACAGGCACACAGAGACAGGGGGCUUCAACCACAGACACACAGAGACAGGGGGUUUCAACUACAGACACACAGAGACAGGGGGCUUCAACCACAGACACACACAGACAGUGGUCUUCACCAGGAGACAGGGGGCUUCAACCGCAGACAGGUGGCUUCAUCAGGAGAAAGGGGGCUUCAGUCAGAGACUGGGGGCUUCAACCAGAGGUAGUCAGCUUCAUCAGGGACAGAGACUUUAGAAGUAGACAGGGGCUCCAUCAAGAGUAAAGCUUCAACAGAAGUCAAGGGGGCUUCAUCAUUAGGAAGGGGGAUUAAAUAAGAGGAAGGGGAUUUAUUAAUAUGAAGGGGAGCUUCAAGUAAAAUCCAUUCCAAGAGGAGUAUUUUAAUACGCCCAUAAUAAGCUACUUAUCUAGCAGGGGUUGGAUGGACUCAGGAGAAGAAACCUACCCAUUGGUAGCUCUCUGAGGACCCAUAUCUCCUCUGAAUGACCUCCUCAGAGACCACCACUCAUUAAAUAACCCCAUCUGCCCUCUCACUCUAUGCCCAGAGGAAGGUUUACCUGCCUGUCAUUCUGAUCUCAGCUUCCCCCUGUUUGGAGCUGAGAGACCCCCUCAGGACAGGACGUUGGCGAAGUGUGGGCGCUCUCAAUCCAUGGACACGAUGAGCCUUCUCCUCCUAGCUGUCCUCUUCUUGUUCUCCUUUGCACGGGCUGGAUGUGACCCCAAAAUAGUCAAUAUUGGGGCAGUUCUGAGCACCAAGAAGCAUGAGCAGAUCUUCAGGGAAGCGGUCAACCAAGCCAAUAAAAGACAUGGGACUUGGAAAAUCCAACUCAAUGCCACCUCAGUCACCCACAGACCUAAUGCCAUCCAGAUGGCACUUUCAGUAUGUGAAGACCUCAUCUCCAGCCAGGUAAAUCAAGCCACUGGUACUCCACCAUUUUCAAUCACACUCAGAAGUGCUGUACCAAUCUGUGCCCCCGGUCUACAUACCUGUCUGAGUGCUUGUCGGUCUGUCUAAUUGUUUGUCUGUCUGCUUGUCAAUCCGUCUGCCUGUCUGAUUGCUUGUCUGUGUGUCUGAUUUCUGUCUGCUUGUCUAUGUUGUGCUUGUCUGUCUGUCUGACUGCUUGCCUGAUUGCUUUUCUAUCUGUCUGUUUAACUGUCUGUCAGCCUGACCGGCGCCUACGUGUCUACCUGUCUGUCUGACUGACUAUGUAUCUGUUUGUCCAUGGAUAUGAUUGGGAAAGUUGAUAGUUAAACCGUAUAUUCUGCCAUGUAUACAAAAUGCGUAUAUUUGUUAACAAUGUCGAUAUAAUCAUACACGCUUAGCUGUAUAUCUGCCUGUCACGAUAAUACUGACCUAUGAUUCCAUGGUAUAUUUUGUUAUAGUACGUACAAUAUUUGUAAGCCCAUUAUAGAAUGUAAUAUAUCACACUCUGUGUAUAAGAUGUACGAUAUACAUUAUAUAAUUUAAUAUAAGAACAUUAUAGAAUGUGAUAUAACACAGUCUGUAUAUAAGAACAUUAUAGAAUGUGAUAUAACACAGUCUGUAUAUAAGAACAUUAUAGAAUGUGAUAUAACACAGUCUGUAUAUAAGAACAUUAUAGAAUGUGAUAUAACACAGUCUGUAUAUAAGAACAUUAUAGAAUGUGAUAUAACACAGUCUGUAUAUAAGAACAUUAUAGAAUGUGAUAUAACACUGUCUGUAUAUAAGAACAUUAUAGAAUGUGAUAUAACACUGUCUGUAUAUAAGAACAUUAUAGAAUGUGAUAUAACACUGUCUGUAUAUAAGAACAUUAUAGAAUGUGAUAUAACACAGUCUGUAUAUAAGAACAUUAUAGAAUGUGAUAUAACACUGUCUGUAUAUAAGAACAUUAUAGAAUGUGAUAUAACACAGUCUGUAUAUAAGAACAUUAUAGAAUGUGAUAUAACACAGUCUGUAUAUAAGAACAUUAUAGAAUGUGCUAUAACACAGUCUGUAUAUAAGAACAUUAUAGAAUGUGCUAUAACACAGUCUGUAUAUAAGAACAUUAUAGAAUGUGAUAUAACACUGUCUGUAUAUAAGAACAUUAUAGAAUGUGAUAUAACACUGUCUGUAUAUAAGAACAUUAUAGAAUGUGAUAUAACACAGUCUGUAUAUAAGAACAUUAUAGAAUGUGCUAUAACACAGUCUGUAUAUAAGAACAUUAUAGAAUGUGCUAUAACACAGUCUGUAUAUAAGAACAUUAUAAAAUGCGAUAUAACACUGUCUGUAUAUAAGAACAUUAUAGAAUGCGAUAUAACACAGUCUGUAUAUAAGAACAUUAUAGAAUGUGCUAUAACACAGUCUGUAUAUAAGAACAUUAUAGAAUGUGCUAUAACACAGUCUGUAUAUAAGAACAUUAUAGAAUGUGCUAUAACACAGUCUGUAUAUAAGAACAUUAUAGAAUGUGCUAUAACACAGUCUGUAUAUAAGAACAUUAUAGAAUGUGAUAUAACACAGUCUGUAUAUAAGAACAUUAUAGAAUGUGAUAUAACACUGUCUGUAUAUAAGAACAUUAUAGAAUGUGAUAUAACACAGUCUGUAUAUAAGAACAUUAUAGAAUGUGCUAUAACACAGUCUGUAUAUAAGAACAUUAUAGAAUGUGCUAUAACACAGUCUGUAUAUAAGAACAUUAUAAAAUGCGAUAUAACACUGUCUGUAUAUAAGAACAUUAUAGAAUGUGAUAUAACACAGUCUGUAUAUAAGAACAUUAUAUAAUGUGCUAUAGUACAGGCAUCAUAUAAGUAUAGAUAGAUUGUGAAAUGAACUAUCAGUGUGGCCCCCAGGACCACCAUGUUUUCUGAGAUCUGUACUGGCAUUCUGGCCCCAUGUUUCUGAGUCCUAUAUUGGCAGUGUGGCCCCCCCAUAUUUCUGAGUCCUACAUUGGCAGUGUGGCCCCCCAUAUUUCUGAGUCCUACACUGGCAGUGUGGCCACAAGGUACCUCAUGUUUUUGAGUCCUAUAUUGGCAGUGUGACCCCAUGCAGGGCCAGUGCAAGGAUUUCUGCCACCCUAGGCAAAGAUCCGUUCUGCCACCCCCUCAUGUCACUCACUCACAUUCACUGACAUACAUACACUUACUGACAGACAUACACACACACACACACACACACACACACACAGAAACUCACUGACAGACAUACACACAGACAGACACUCACUGACAGACAUUAAGACACACACUCACUGACAGAUACACUAACUGACAGACAUAAACUCACUCACUGACACACACACUCACUGACAGACAUACACUCACUCACUGACAGACAGACAGACAUACACUCACUCACUGACAGACACACACAGACAGACACUCAUACACUCACUCACUGACACACACACACACAGACACUCACUGACAGAUAGACAUACACUCACUCACUCACUGGCAGACACUCACUGACAUACAUACACUCACUGACACACAUACACUCACUCACCGACAGAUACACAGACAAACAGACACUCACUGACAUACAAAUACUCAUUCACUGACAGACACACACACAAGCAGACACUCACACACACACUCACAGUCAAACACUCACUGACCAACAGACACAAACACACUCAGUGACAGUCAAAUACUCACAAAUUCAUUGACACACAGACUCAGACAUCCAGCCUCCCUACCAUCCUGGGGUCCAGUGUGGGGCAGCUCCUCCAGCACGCUGUUUAGUAUGUCGGGGCCUGAAUGACGUCAUAUUCCGGCUCCCGGCAUCACAGAGGGCGUGCGAGGGAGGAGUGGGAAGCUGCAAGAAGAGCCUCGCUCGCCGCCCCACUCUGCCGUCUCCUGCCUCGUUUCCUCCGGCAUUCAUUGGCAGAGCAGGCACCUGCCUUCAGGGUAAGCAGGUGCCUGCUCUACCAUACUGAAGGACAGUUUCGGGGGUGCCCUGAGGUGGCCAAAUGGCCACUUCUUGGGCCCCCUGUGACAGGGCUCCUCUCGGCGGCCCCCAUCUCCGGGCGCAUGGAGGGUCGGCCCAACGAUGAGGGGUGCGGCCCAGGACAGGGGGAGCCAACUACGAAAUAUCUCGGUGGGUGCCCCCUGUAGGUCGGUGCCCUAGGCGAAUGCUAUACUGGCAGUGUGGCCCCCAGGGUCCCCGUGUUUUUGAGUCCUAUACGGACAGUGUAGCCCCCAGGGUCCCCAUGUUUCUGAAUCCUAUACUGGCAGUGUGGCCCCCAAGUUUCUGAAUCCUAUACAGGCAGUGUAGCCCCCAGGGCCCCAUGUUUCCGAGUCCUAUACGGGCAGUGUUUUUGAGUCCUAUACGGACAGUGUAGCCCCCAGGGUCCCCAUGUUUCUGAUUCCUAUAAUGACAGUGUGGCCCUCAAGUUUCUGAAUCCUAUACAGGCAGUGUAGCCCCCAUAUUUCUGAGUCCUAUACUGGCAGUGUGGCAAUGUUUCCGAAUCCUAUAUGGGCAGUGUAGCCCGCAGGGUCCCCAUGUUUCUGAGUCGUAUACUGGCAGUGUGGCCCCCAAAGCCCCCAUGGUUUCGAGUCCUAUCCUGGCAGUGUGGCCCCCACAGCCCCCAUGGUUUUGAGUCCUAUCCUGGCAGUGUGUCCCCAGAGCCCCCAUGGUUUUGAAUCCUAUCCUGGCAGUGUGUCCCCAGCGCCCCCAUGGUUUUGAGUCCUAUCCUGGCAGUGUGGCCCCCAAAGCCCCCAUGGUUUCGAGUCCUAUCCUGGCAGUGUGGCCCCCAAAGCCCCCAUGGUUUCGAGUCCUAUCCUGGCAGUGUGGCCCCCACAGCCCCCAUGGUUUUGAGUCCUAUCCUGGCAGUGUGUCCCCAGAGCCCCAUGGUUUUGAAUCCUAUCCUGGCAGUGUGUCCCCAGAGCCCCCAUGGUUU